AUGACAGUUUUGCCGAUGAUCGGGAUGUUAUUUGAUUAUAUGGAUGACUUGUGCAAUUUUUACAAGGAUUUUGGUCAACACAAUGGGUUCUCUGUUAAGAGGAGAUCCAUAAGUAAGGAUAGUAGUGGGAUGUACAAAUAUUUGGUAUUUACAUGUGGAAGGUCUGAAAAAUUUUAUGGUCAUUCGAAGAAUUCUUUUUGUCAUCUUGCAUUCUCUAAGAAUGAAUGUAAGGCUAGGAUUGUUGGACUACUUUCUGCUGAUGGUAAAUGGGAGAUAACUCAGUUUAACAAUAAUCACAAUCACAAAUUGAGUCCAAGCCAAUCAAGAUAUUUUAAGUGCAAUAGAGAAACUAACCCAUGCGUGAAAAGGCAGCUGGAGAUUAAUGAUAUUGCAAGGAUUAGGCCGAACAAGAGUCAUAAUACUUGUGUCAUUGGAGUUGGUGGUCAUGAAAAUUUACCAUUUCUUGAGAGAGAUACUCGUAACCUUAUUUCUAAAGUAAGGAGUAUGCGUCUUGGUGAAGGUGAUGCUGUUGCAGCCGAUCCAUAUAGCAGGGCAGUAUACAAAGAAUUUGGUGAUGUUGUGACGUUUGAUACGACAUAUCUCACCAACAAGUGA